AUGGUCUCCUUCGAUGUGACGUCGUUAUUCACAUCCAUCCCACCAAACGUGGCCCGCGAAGUCUUGCGCAAGAGACUUGAAGAGGAGUACGAUGAGACUCAGAAUGCCCUCAAAAUUGAACACCUCAUGAGGCUGUUUGAAUUCUGCCAACAAACUUUCUUCACUUUUGCGGGAGAGACUUAUGAACAAAUAAAGGGAACCCCAAUGGGCUCACCGGUCUCCGGUUUGGUGGCAGAACUGGUCCUACAGGAGUUAGAAAAGCUUGCCUUCCUCCAACAUGAACCGGUGUUUUGCCGAGGUUACGUUGACGACACGUUCGUCAUCGUAAAGAAGGACGUGCUGCAACAUUUCCACAGCCUGCUCAACGCAGUCUUCCCGGAUAUAAAAUUCACGAGGGAAGAAGAACAGAAACAGCAGUUGCCCUUCCUGGAUGUGCUCGUCAGACGAAACAUUAACGGUGAACUUGAAACGACGGUUUAUAGGAAGGCAACGAACACCACACAGCUUCUCAGUUUUCACAGCAACCAUCCGGGGGCUCACAAACGAAGCUGUGUGAAGACGCUCUUCAAACGGAUCCAAACUCAUUGCAGCAAACCGGAGGACAGAGCACGUGAGGCCCGUUAUCUCCGCGACCAGUUUGUGCAAAAUGGCUAUCCGAGGGCAUUCAUAAGUCGCUGCCUACGCGGUCGCCACCAGAGAACUCAAACAUCAACGCCACCGACGAUAUGGCAUUCUCUGCCAUACAUCAAGGAUGUUUCAGAAGCGACCGAGCGCAUUGCUGCGGAGCUAGGUGUUGGAAUUGCACACCGCCCCAAAGCCACCAUGCGCAACAGGGUCAUGAAAAUCAAAGACCGGUUAAAACCUGAAGAGCAAUCUGGAGUAGUGUAUCGCAUUCCGUGUCAAAAUUGUCCUUGUAAUUACACAGGACAGACUGGACGCAUGCUCGGAUCGCGCAUACACGAACAUAAGCUGGCUGUGCGGCGAGGCGACGCAUUAUCACAAGUGGCUGCCCACACCUACGAGAUGGGUCACGAGUUUGACUUCGCAGCCACCAAAAUAGUCGCCCACACCGGAGACAAAACGGGCCGAAAAUUGAUUUAA